UCUUGUUUUCUUUUAGUUGCUGAUAUGAGUGGAAGAAUCAAUAAAGUGGGAAAAGGCAGAAAGAUUUGCCUCCAUUCAAACUAGUACGUAUUCUUUCACAUUUUCAGAGCCCUAAACCAAAAGUUUGCUUCAUCCUUAAAGGUCGCUGAGGAUUUUUGGCACUGAGGCAUAGUUAUUGUUAUGGUCAAACAAUGGUCACGUCUUGGUUAGCGUUUUUCUGAAGAUUCAGCUAUUUUGUCUAUGAGGAUCUGAUACUUUUAUUCUUCCAGAACUGGUAGUGAUAAAUUGCAACAAAGAAUACUUGACAUAAAGUGCAAUAUCCGAAAGAUGGAGCUUUUCUUUAUAAUUGUGAUAUUAGCGUGUCUCCAUUCAUUUGUCUUACCUGAUGGGCAAGGAGAUGCACUGUUCGCAUUGAAGAACUCACUAAAUGCUUCAACUGAUCAACUUGCUGAUUGGAACCAGAAUCACGUUAGUCCUUGCACUUGGUCCAAAAUCACUUGUGAUGAUAAAGGCAAUGUCGUGAUGGUGUCAUUAUCAAGUAUGGGAUUUUCGGGCACAUUAGCUCCCAGAAUAGGUGUUCUAAAGAAUAUGAAUACGCUCUCCUUGCAAGGAAAUGGUAUAACUGGUAAAAUUCCCCAAGAGAUGGGAAAUUUAACAAGCUUGACGAUGUUGGAUCUAGAAAAUAACCUUCUUUCUGGAGAAAUACCAGCUUCUCUGGGCAAUCUUAAAAAGCUUCAGUCUCUGUUUUUGAGUCGAAACAAUCUCACAGGGAUAGUCCCUCAGUCACUUUCGGGUCUUCCCAACUUGAUGAACCUUCAGCUUGGUUCCAAUGGUCUUACUGGCCAAGUUCCUGAACAGUUGUUCCAAGUUCCAAAAUACAAUUUUACAGGGAAUCAUUUGAAUUGUGGCUUAAAUCUCACUCAUCAUUGUGAAUCUGACAGUGGAGGUUCUUCUAGUAAACCAAAGACUGGUCUCAUAGUUGGUAUUGCUUUCGGAUUUCUUGGAAUUCUCCUUCUUGGAGGAUCUGUGUUAUUGUUCUGGAGGAGAAGGCACAAAGGCUAUCGACGUGAAAUCUUUGUUGACGUUGUAGGCGAGGUUGAUCGACGAAUUCCAUUUGGUCAAUUGAGAAGAUUUUCAUGGAGAGAAUUGCAGCUUGCUACUGAUAACUUUAGUGAAAAGAAUGUUCUUGGACAGGGGGGCUUUGGCAAGGUCUAUAAAGGAGUGCUCAAUGACGGCAUUAAAGUUGCCGUGAAACGGUUAACUGAUUACGAGAGUCCUGGGGGAGAUGCUGCAUUUCAGCGAGAAGUUGAGAUGAUAAGCGUGGCUGUUCAUAGGAAUCUCUUACGGCUCAUAGGAUUUUGCACCACACCAACUGAACGUCUACUUGUAUACCCAUAUAUGCAGAAUCUAAGUGUUGCUUAUCGCCUACGAGAACUUAAAAUUGGGGAGUCUGUUUUGAAUUGGCCAACUAGGAAGAGUGUGGCACUGGGUACUGCACGUGGUCUUGAAUACCUACAUGAGCACUGUAAUCCGAAGAUUAUUCACCGUGAUGUUAAAGCAGCUAAUGUAUUACUAGAUGAAGAUUUUGAAGCUGUAGUUGGUGAUUUUGGCCUGGCAAAGCUAGUAGACGUUAAGAAAACCAAUGUGACAACUCAAGUUCGUGGUACAAUGGGCCAUAUAGCUCCUGAAUACUUAUCCACUGGCAAAUCAUCAGAGAAAACUGACGUUUUUGGCUAUGGAAUCAUGCUUUUGGAAAUUGUAACCGGCCAACGUGCAAUAGACUUCUCACGUCUAGAAGAAGAAGACGAUGUCUUGUUGCUUGACCAUGUCAAUAAACUUCAAAGAGAGAAAAGACUGGAUGCAAUUGUAGACCGGAACUUGAAUAAGAGCUACGGCAUGGAUGAAGUGGAGAUGAUGAUUCAGGUGGCAUUGCUGUGCACUCAGGUAUCACCAGAGGACCGUCCAGCAAUGUCUGAGGUGGUAAGAAUACUGGAAGGAGAAGGGCUUGCUGAGAGAUGGGAAGAGUGGCAGCACGUUGAAGAGAACCGUAGGCAAGAAUAUGAGAGACUUCAGAGACGAUUUGAUUGGGGAGAAGAUUCAUUCUUUAAUCAGGAUGCCGUUGAUUUGUCUGGUGGAAGAUGACAAUGGAUUAAAUUUUGAACAAUUGUUUCCUGAUAAAUAGAUGCCAGGUUGCUAAAUGGCCAGAAUCCAUAUCCUUUUUUAAAAAAUAAAAAAUAAAAAAUUGACUUGCUGA